AGCGUCCAUAAUUUUAAAGGGUGCCUCAAGUCCGUCCAUAAUUUUAAAGGUUGCCUCAAGACCGUCCAUAAUUUUAAAGGUUGCCUCAAGACCGUCCAUAAUUUUAAAGGUUGCCUCAAGACCGUCCAUAAUUUUAAAGGGUGCCUCAGACCGUCCAUAAUUUUAAAGGGUGCCUGUAGACCGUCCAUAAUUUUAAAGGGUGCCUCAAGACCGUCCAUAAUUUUAAAGGGUGCCUCAAGACCGUCCAUAAUUUUAAAGGGUGCCUCACGACUCUCCAUAAUUUUAAAGGGUGCCUCAAAACUCUCCAUAAUUUUAAAAGGUGCCUCAAGACUCUCCAUAAUUGUAAAGGGUGCCUCAAGACCGUCCGUUGUAAAGGGUGCCUCAAGACCGUCCAUAAUUGUAAAGGGUGCCUCAAGACCGUCCAUAAUUGUAAAGGGUGCCUCAAGACCGUCCAUAAUUGUAAAGGGUGCCUCAAGACCGUCCAUAAUUUUAAAGGGUGCCUCAAGACUUGCCUCAAUUUUAAAGGGUGCCUCAAGACCGCCAUAAUUUUAAAGGGUGC